UGCACUGUACUGGCGGUCGAAGAGUUAUCAUCUUCUUCCUUGGCUUCACAAUACAUGAUGUAGCUUGUGUUCAAUUAAAUUUAUAUUUUAUGUGCCAUCGCCUAUCGCCAUUUCAAUUCUAGACUAGAGGUUUUUUACUGCCUACUGGAUCGGCCAUCAUGAGCGCAAGAGAUGAAUGGGACGUAUAUUUCCAGCAGCUUCAGGAGCCAUCAAAGCUGCAGGUUCAGGCUGAACAAGUCCGUCGUUUCGUGAGUGAACAUGCAAAGGCCAAGCGUCGCAUCGCUUUAGUCACGUCUGGUGGCACUGCAGUUCCUCUGGAAAGCAACACUGUUCGCUUUGUGGAUAACUUCAGCUCUGGCACGCGUGGUGCUGCAUCAGCCGAAUACUUUCUCCAAGAGGGCUAUGCAGUCAUAUUUCUCCACCGUGCACGGUCACUGGAGCCGUUCAGCCGUCACUGGGCGCACCAGUCGCUCUUCAGCAUCCUGGAGCUGGAGGCUGAAGCAUCCGGAAAGGCAACAGCUGUCGUGAAAUCCUCUGUGGCUAGCGAUGUCAGUUGUCAACUCCAAAACUUCCAGAAAUAUUGUAAAUCCAGCGUUUACCUGGCUGUCUCCUUCACAACGUUAGCCGACUAUUUGUUCUACCUGCGCGAGUUCUCCAUGGUGUUAUCAACCGCUGGCCCACUGGCUCUGUUCUACCUGGCAGCAGCUGUGUCGGACUUCUACCUACCCGAGGAAGAAAUGCCCAAGCACAAAAUCCAGUCAAGCGGUGGCCCGAUGCAGCUACAUUUGCAGCAGGUACCCAAGAUGCUAUCACCGCUGGUAAAGGACUGGGCUUCAUCAGCAUUCACCGUGUCCUUCAAGCUGGAAACAGAUGAAAGGAUCAUUGCAGAGAAAGCACGUGGGGCACUGGAGAAGUACAAGCAUCAAGUGGUCAUCUCCAAUUUGCUUUCCACACGCCGGAAUAAGGUGACGUUUGUGACGCUGAGUGAUCAGGUGGAGAUCAGCGUGUCUACCGAAUCGGAGAGGGAGCUCGAAGACUUGAUCGUCUCUGAACUGUCCAGGCGGCACAAUGAGUUUCUACAUGCUGCCUCGACAAGCUAGUGCUGCCAUGAACCUUUCUGAACGUUUGAUAUCAUCGUAGGAGAGAUGGUACGGAACGGAAGUCUGGCUGCUUGCCCACUGCUGAUUGGAUCUUCCAUGUGCUUUGAAGGUAUGUUUGUUUCUUAGGCACAAGAGGGUCAUGGAAACCGUCCACCACUGUUUCUAUUCGUAUAUGCGCUCUCAGACAGUUUUGCAUGUGUGUACCAUUAUGGCACCAACCGCCUGUUUUAGUUUCCUCCUCCUACCAUUUGACACGCACGAUCAUCAGCAGUGAAUCGUCUCCUUCUAUUCGUCGCGGUGUAGCCAUGGUUCAAACCUUCUUCCAACAGGGUUCAUUGCCGACAUUGCAACGAUGACCGUAAUAUAGCCCACGUUAUCAGUACUUCAGCUCCAAAUCAGAAUUCCUCUAUAUCAUUGAGUGUGGCUGCGGCUACUGGCCACCGGGUAUACACUGUGUACUAUGGUGCCAGGUAGGCACCCGUUCUGGCUGAAGUUGUGUGCGUGUGUGUGUGUGUUCCCGUGUUAGGUUAGUACUAGGUAUCUUUUGUUUUGUGGCUUUCGGAUUAUUUCCAAAAUUCAAUAUCUUUUGAUACCGAUUCCAGUGGUGUUGAGACCUCGGGUUCUAAUUUAUCAAACGCAUCUAGAUACAUGUAGUCCAAAGUUCCAAACUCUUAUUAUUAUUUUAUGCAAUACAUGUAUAGAUAGAGUUGUUUUCUUUCGAAUGUUAUUGCCUAUCUGGCAUGGCCAAACCGAGUGACGUUUUAUUCCAAAAGUACUUUGAAGUAUGUUUUUCAGAAGGCGCCUCUGCCUGAAAAUCUACGACUUAGUAAUAACCUACUAAUAGGUGAUCAUUAAUUUUUAUAAUUUGCUUUAGAGACAGUGCAUUGCGUUGCAAUGCUUCUGACGAGAAUAGUCACAACUGUGCGUGACAACUGCAAUAGAUGACAAUGGACGUGUUCAGUUCUUUUUUUUCUUUCUGUGUGAGCUUUGCUGUCAUGUUGGUGCAGCAGUGCUCAGUUUGGGUCACUCCUGUGCCAUGUGCUAGGUUUUUAAAGUACAACAGUACCGGACGCAGA